AUGAUCGUGUGGGAGAGCGUCUUUCCUCCUCCUCCACCUCCAUUAGAGGACUCUCGCGGUGGCCAGCGCUAUCUAGUUGAGCAGCUGUUGAACCACCGCGACGUGAACGGACGUCGGACGAGUUACCUCGUCCGGUGGCGCGGCUAUCCCCCCGUCCUGGGAUUCUUGGGAGCCCCGCUCCCAAUUGAUGGUUGA